AUGGUCACGCGUUUGCGGUGGCACUACGAAAAUGAGCAGUAUGACACGAUAAAGCUAGACGAGAAGGACCGAAAGGAGGAAAAUGAGGAGGACAACGAAAAGGAAGAAGAACAGGAAGAGAAUGAGUACCUGAAGUUGAGCAAGUUCAUUCCAUUAAGACUGACAUAUGAGGAGAGACUGUACCUUAGGCUGUUGGAAAGUACGUUGGAAGUAAGCGAGUACACAGACAAAAUAGACGUAUUUCACAGUGGAAAUAAAAGCAAGAAAAUUAUAAAGGAAAUUAAAGCACUAUGUUCUAUACUAUCCGGAUUGGUUAUUGCAAAUAAUUAUGAAAAUGGGCAGAAAUUAAUUCGAGACAGAGAUUUUCUAAGGAACAGUAACUUCUUCAGUUUUGUUUUCGAAAUAGGGAGACGUUAUAAAAUUUUAAACCCGGACAGGAUGAGAAGUAGUUACGGAAAGUUGAUGUACUUUUUAAUGGAUACCCGAAGAGAAGAAAUAUAUGAUUUGUUGUCAUUUAAUUGUGUAGCACCAAUAAAAACUGUAUACGAUUUAUUGAAAGGGAAAAAAAAUGGAUUGGAUAUUUUAAAUGAUAAUUUAAUAAAAAUUGCCACUAUGCAUAUAGACGCAAAGGGCAGCAGGAGUGAAAUACAAAAACAGAUUAAACAGAAGGAAGAAGCAAUAAAAUAUUUAUCAAGAAAGUACGCAAGCAAUAGCAGUAAAAAUAGUAAAAAAAAUAUAUUUAGAAUUAAUAUUCCCAUUUUUAAUAAUCAAAAUAAUGAAGACGAUGAUUCGAAUAACGCAGAAGAAUUGGAAUUUUUGUCGUCAGAAGAAAUUGAGAGAUGUCUCUACAGUUUAUGUGAUUAUAAUACACAUAUAAAAAUGUUUUGUGAACCUUGUGAAAUUAUGAUUGAUUAUUUAAAAACUUUUUAUGACCCUUAUGAGAAAAAUUCUUCAUAUUCUCUAUCCAUCGAAUCGGGGAAACAAGGAAGUAGACUAACCCACUCACAUAAUAGGCAAUACAUGUACGUUUUACAAACCUUAUAUUUAUGGAAAGAGAUAGGGGAACAUAUGUUUUUCUUGUGGGCGUGCGCAGAAAAUGAUAUGCUUGAUUUUAAGAAUCCAUACCGAUUGAUGGACACAGGGCAGGGACUAAACCGGAUGCAAAGUGGCCACAAAGUGCUGAGUGUUAUGAAGAAAAUUUUGCACAAUGUUCAGAAGAAAUUGGGAGGAUGGGUUGGCUCUAGCAUGAUUCACAUGGGUGACACCAACAUUCCCAACACGUUUAUGUUUAUCGAUAAGUACACUCAGGUCCCAAGGAUCCUAACGCCAAUCGUCCUUUGCUUGCAGAAAAUCGAUGAGCUCUAUAACUCAACAGCCUCGAUGAAAAAUUACAUCAAGACGGAGUUCAACGGUGCCCAAAAUUUGAAAAUGAUGAUCACCUGCGAUUUCUUUCGCCACGGCUUCGACGGCAGUGGUGGUGACAACUUCAACGAAGCAGGAAGUUGCAUCGACGGAAGGUUAACCUCCGCCUGGAAUUGGUGUUCCAAAAUUGAAAAGAAAAAAUACUUCCCCAUAUUUUUGUUAACCGGAUUUGUUGGUUUCGAUGGAUCCUUUUAG